AAAGUAGGAACAAGGUAUUGGAUUUUGAAACUCGACGAAAUAGACAAACUACCCAAAUACGAAGAACCAAAAAAAGAAAAAACAAAUUUAAUUCGCCUUGUUUUUUAUUUUUGGUCCAGUCCUUGUGUUAGUAUACCUCAAACUCCAGGGUGCGCACUGCCCAAUCGCUCUCCAGUGCUCUGAUUUAGCUUCUAAUCCUUUGAUACACGACCAAACCCUAAGCUUUCCAUCAGGAGCUGGAGAAAUGCCUAAAGUGAAGACCAGCAAUCUCAAAUACCCUAAUGGCUGGGAGUUGAUUGAGCCAACUCUACGAGAGCUUGAUGCUAAGAUGAGAGAAGCUGAGAAUGAUCCACAGGAUGGCAAGCGCAAGUGUGAAGCACUGUGGCCUAUUUUCAAGAUUUCCCAUCAAAGGAGCCGAUACAUUUUUGACCUUUUCCAUAAAAGAACUGAAAUAUCUAGGGAGCUCUAUGACUUCUGCUUGGAACAAGGCUAUGCUGAUGCCAACCUCAUUGCCAAAUGGAAAAAGCCGGGGUAUGAGCGUCUAUGUUGCCUCCGUUGCAUACAGCCCCGGGACCAUAACUUCGGGACGACUUGCGUCUGCCGAGUCCCGAAACACUUGAGAGAAGAGAAAGCUGUGGAGUGUGUGCAUUGUGGUUGCAGGGGUUGUGCCAGUGGGGAUUGAUUUUGUUUCACAUUGCAGGAGCUUGGAUUGAUCAUUAUGUAAUAUCAUCCUGGCAGCCAAUUUCUAUAGACAAUAAAUGUAGGGUGCAGUGUUUCCAACUCUCAAAUCUUUUGUCCCAGGUAGAAGGGUCCUUUUAUGUAACAUGGAUUCUUGUUCUGGGUAGUUGGAACCGGUGAUAUGUGUCCAACUUUGUACCUUCCAUAGGUAACAGAAUGGUUUUGCAUUUACAGAUGUCUUUUUCGUUGUAUUGUAUGAGACAAGAUUCCAGUGUUUAUUGUUUGCCCAGGAAGGUCGAUCGAUAGCAGAUUUUCAAACUUGUUCUGGAUUCUGGAUCUAAAGCUGGUAUAAGAUUAAUUAGUAAA